AAUGUGAUAAAAAUUGAAUUGGUCAAAAUAUUGUUUGUUUACGAAAAAUUGCAAAUGGCGCGUAUUAACUUCGGCAUCUUAAUAGAUAAUAAACAUACUACUACUCGCUAUUAAGAUCGAUCCUAAUACUACUACCCAUGUUAAUAUGCGUAGUAUGAUUGGUUGUUAAUAGUUAAUAGCAUCCUAAUAAAUAUUAUCAUAAUACAAAAUGUAUUAAGAUAUCGGAUUUGGCACAUCUAUACCACAACGCGUUGAAAAAUUCAAUAUUUUAAUGAGAGAUUUGACUGAAAUUGGAUGGUCGGGAACAGUGAGUAUGAAAUUUUUCGCAAAAUAUCGUUGGUUUGAAUCACUGUGGUUGUUCGGUCAAAUGCAACGGCAAAUAGAAGUGUAUCACAGUCAUGCCGAACAAUGGCAUACCAUUCAUGAAAUGUUUCGUAACAAUCCGAACUUUCAAGAGCCAACAAUCAAUCGACCACCAAAAAUAAGCAGUUUUGCUCUUAUACCAUUAUGCGACUACCAUUUGAAAAACGUGCGAUUGGACAUUAAGGACUUGUAUUAUAAAAUUGUAAACGAGCUUGAUUUGGUGCCUUCUUUUCUCAAUACGCGGACCAACCGGAUGAAUAAGAGAAAUUUAAAGUACUACACCCAAACUGAUCGAUCAGGUCUAUGGAAUAUGUUGUUCGAUGUCGGUAAAAUAAAUAAAUUGGGCAAAUCGAAACCAUUCCAUCAUCAGAUUUUGACCGAUAGUGUUUCAAUAUCCAUAAUGUACAAGAAACCACAGCGACAACAACGACCACAGCGACAACAACGACCACAGCAAACAACCCAAGCGAAUCGGGGGCCGGAAAAACUCAUUGGCAAGAAAUACAUCAUUGGAAUCGAUCCGAAUGAAAAAUCGUGGUUAACUGUAGUGCGUCGCAACAUUCAAAAAACACCUGAUGAGCCGGCUGUUGAGGAAAACAUUAUAAUACCAAACCAGCGUUUUCAUUGGGAAACUCAGCAGAAAAAACGAGACAAAGAAGCGAAAAAGUUGGCUGGAUGGUUUGAUAUCGAAGAGAAGGAACAUCUCAAAACAUACCCAUAUCGUCCACCAUCACCACGUAAUUCAACAUGGAAAUCAUACAUUGAAUAUCGCAUUAAAAUGUUACGAAAAGGAAUGGCAGCUUAUGCGACGCGUGAAUAUGCACGACUGGAUUUAGACCAUCACAUUCGCUCGACCAGAGUAAAUGAUCAAAUCGCCGUGCGUGUGACAAACAACAAACCGUCGUUGGUUCAAUUUGGUGCUUGGGCGAUGAAACCCGAUCGACCGUUUGGAAUAAAAAAGCGUAAAAGAUGUCCGGGAUCGCGUAAGUUUCGUGUGAGCAUUAAGAAACUUGGACAUUCAGAAGUUGAAAUGCAAGAUGAAUGGGGAACAUCACAAACAUGCGCGAAUUGUCAGGAACGUUUUCCAAGGCACACAAAAGAUGAUCGAUUUUAAGUGUGCUACGAUUGUGGAGCGAAAAAGAUUGAUGGCCUGCCAGAUUCAGUCGCUGGACUGCCAGAUAUCAUUGUGUCAACGGUCAACAGACGUGUUUUGAGAAGAAAACGUGCAAUUAUUAAGCGACAAAUUAUCGAUGGCAAUCGUGAGGCUGUGAACGAAAAACUUCGGACUGGGCGUUUAAUGUCAAAGGUUAAAGUUACCUACAAAAAUUGGCCAUUAAAUGUUGAUGAUGAUGAUGUUGUUCCACAAACAGUUACUUGGCACCGAGAUAUUGUUGCAGCAAAAUGCAUUAUGCUCAAAGGUAUGAAUCAAUUGGAAACAGAAUAUUCAUUAUUUAAUGUAUUUGCUUUAAAUUACAUAGGACUUUGCCGGAUCUUUGAUGUACCAUUGCCAGUUUCAUUGUUAAGACCGCCGGACUAAAACAACAAUGUCAACUAACAAACAUCAUCAAUUAAUCAUACAUUCAAAAAAUUACAUAAAAUAAAAUAUUUUAACUAUUAUAGUUAGCGUAGCUAGACAUGAACAGACUAUAUAAAGUCUUGUGGUCUAGUUGUACAAUAGUACAACAUUGUACGGAGGGGGAGUGCCCGUAGGUGAGUAAAGUUUUUAAUUUAAAAAAAGUAUUUUAUACCCAGUUCAACUGAUACUAAUGGUUGUCUUUCCCUUUUUCCAUGUUUUCACACCUGAAUGUUCCACCAUGCCAAACCUAUGGAAAUG